AUGACCGAUUUUGACACUAAAAAGGAUCAGUGGGAGUACAGGGGCAGACUUUCGCAACAGGAGACCCAGUUGAUCCAGGAGAACAUAGAGACAUCACGAGGUCAGUAUGAGGCUGAGACAAGGCGAGGACCCUGGAACAACUCAUACUGGGUUCUCCAAGAGAAUUUGUAUGGGUACACAGCGUACUGGGAAGAUUAUGUCAACAACAAGUUGCAGGCAGAGCAACAGGAAACGCAACGGAGGCAAGAAGAGGAGAUGUACAGACAAGCACGCCUGGACAGCCGGAUAUCAGACGCUUUGGAGACACCGAUCUACGCCCCUGGCCAACUAACACAGCUAGAAGCAUCACGGGUGGACUUGCCAGAGGAUUCAGAAGAUGACUUCCCAAUGGAGGAGGCAUCUGCAGCACGGCUCCUCAUCGAGUUCUUCUGGUAA